GAAUUUGUUUUUCCAAUAAAUUCAUAUCCGACAAAUCCACAAGAUCCACCACCACCGAUUAUUUCUUUAAUCAUAUCUCGCAUGUUAUUAGAUUUCAGCGAAAUUAUCAUUAUACAAGUUUACACAUCUUUUUCUGAUAAACUAUAUACUCUCCGAGAUAAUAAAAAUAAGUUUUCAGUUGAUAUAUAUGGCGGAUAUGGAAAACGUCACACUAUCUCUAAAGAGUUGACACAGGAUAUUAGAGAAAUUGUUAGUGCAUGUAAAGACAUUGCCCAGAAUUUUGGAUCGAUAUGUGGAGAUAGUUGGGAUCGAAUUUCUAUGGACAUUCGUGGUCUUUAUACUAUAAAAUCAUUCUCUACAAAUUUAACUGAUGUGUCAUCACAACCAACGGGUGAUUCAAAAAUAUCAUUACAGAAUUG